AUGUGAAUUUUCCUAUUGCCAGGGAUUUAUGCAUAUACUUUAGUUACAAGUCCAUGGCCACCUAUGACAUAUUGCGACAUUGGUUCAACAGACUAUUCAAGUUUUACUUGGGAAAGAAAAAAUAUAAUUUUUUUUAGUAUAAUUAUUAAAUUAAAAAAUAUAUUUAAUUCAGAUUUACUGGGUAUUCUAUUGAUUUAUGAGACAAAGUUUCAUCUUAUAUUGGCUUUACUAAUUAUACAAUCCAAUGUUUUGAUUGAGACAAUAUGAUGACCGCGAUUCUUAAUGGAAACGCUGAUAUGUCAAUAGCAGGAGUUGCCAUUAAGAACCAAUAUUUAUCUAAAUUAAAAUACUCAACCCCUGUUUAUGACUCUGGGUUAUUUCUUGUAAUCAAGCUUGUUGAUAGUACAUCAAUGUGAAUAUUCUUAAAACCAUUUGACUAUACCUUCUGGAUUGCUAUAUUUUUCUCAGUUCUUUUUUAUGCCCACAUCUUAUGGAUGAUAGAAAGAAAAGUAAAUGGUCCUAUACAAUUUCAAUAUAGAAAAGGAAUUUUAUUCUAAAUUUUAUGAAUAUUUAUAUAUAUAUAAAAUAAAAAACUUUAUAGAAAAAAUCAAAUUAAGUGGGAUAGAAAGCUUGUGGCACGCUUUUGCAUCACUUGUGUUCAUUGGAGCUAAAGAAAUAAGGACUUUGCCUGGAAAAAUUAUACAAAUGAUAUAUUGGUUUACUGCUUUAACGCUGGCAGCAGCUUAUGUAGCAAGCUUAGUCGCGAAUUUUUCAGUUGAUAAUUAUCAAAGUUCAAUAAACAGUUACAAAGAUAUAAAAGGGCUAAAAAUUGGAUCAUUUGUCCAAUAUAAAGAAGCUUUAGAAGCAUUCCAAGUCAAAGUAAAAUCAUAUAAAUGGGACAAUGGGAAUGCCUUACAAAUUUUAGACGAUUUAGACAGUGGAAGUAUAGAUGCUGCAGCUUUGCCUGUACCAUUAGCAAUAUUUUAUGCAGGGAUUAGUUGUGAUUUUAAGAUAGUGGGGGACGUGUUUAUCCCUGAGUAUUACGCAUUUGCAUUUUCUAAUGAUUUUGACGAGACUCUUUAUAAUCAAAUUACAUUGGCGAAUUUAUAGUGUUUUUGUAUAAAUUCAAGAUAAGGGAAUUUAUUCUUAAAAAAUAUUUUUUUAGGUAAAAAAGAAUAGUAUUAUAUGAAAAUCAUUUCCAUCAAAACUUAAAAAACAAAGACAUACUAGCUUCAAAUACCACUGGCUGCGACCAUAAAGCGUCAGUCCCAUUAGAAAUUGAAAGCAUUUCUGGGGUCUGGAUAAUUCUCAUAGUUAUUGCAGCAUUAGGAGUCCCUAUGGCAUUCAUCCAGAAAAAAGCUCAAGAAAAAAGUGAAGAAGGCGAUAGCAGUAAAAGCGUAGUUUCUAAUAGAUUUGAUAAUAAAACAGCGGCUGAGAUGGACUUGAUUUCUAAAUUUGAAAGAAUUUUAGGUGGCUCAGAACAAAAAUUUUCACAAAGAAUGGUUGAUCUUGAGAGUGCACUAAAUCAGCACAAUGAGCUGUCAGAUUCAUUGGAGGAAUCAAUAAAAAGUUUAAAUGAGAAAUUUGAUGAGCUCAUUAAUAACUCUGAAAAUGAUUAA